AUGAAAGGGAAUUUCCUCCUCUUCAAAAAUUAUGCAAAAUGGCGCAAACGAGGCACUCAUCAAAUGGGCACAAAAUGGUAUGCACACAGUGUAGCAGAGCUGGUGAAUACCAAAAAAAAGGGCGGAGAGAAGAACAAAUACUUUUCUGCAGGUCAUAUAAAAGAUGGAAUUAAUAAAUACGCAAAUGAAGCCCCAACACGUGUCAGCGUCCUAAAUGCAGAUUUCGCCCCAAAGGUUAGUCAUCACAAUUAUGAUGAUGAUGUCGCUUUGACGAGCAAUGCGGAGGGGCCUACUUACGAAAAUGAGAGGAAACCACAGGACGAGAUAAAAUUACGGUGUGCAAAAAGUCUCAAACUGUUAGGCAUGUGCGUAAUCACUUCCUUAUUCUUCUAUUGCACAUUUAAGAAAGUACCAGAGGGGUAUAUCUGUUUAGUACAAAACAAAAAUGACGACACAAAGUUUACACGUGUGUACGAGACGUUGGAUAAAAAGAAAGUCCGCGUAAAAUUACAAGUCAAAAUGAAACCCAAAAUUCCGUUUAUUAUCGAAAUUUUUAGUUCCUUCGGGGUUAAUUACAGCACGAAUUAUAUUGAAAAGGAAAUGAACUUGGAUAUUAUGAAUGUAGUGAAGAAUUAUCACUUGGAUACGUUAGUAGAGGAAAAUAAAGAGGCCAAUCGUAUGCCACACGUUACAGUGGAUGAAGUAGUUGAUCAAAUUAUGGACAGAUUUUACGACUGCUCCGUUUUUCACAAGAUAAUUCUUUUGGAUGUCUCCAUCCUGUUUGAACGGGCAGAAUAG